UUUCUUCUUACUGGUGUCUGUCUUUUAUCUCCGCCGCCGAGAACCGUAAACCAUAUUUCUCUCCACUCAUCCCCGUUCCCAACCCUAAAAUCCUUCCAUCUCCCACUCACUCUACUCGUAAAGUUUCUCUUUAUCUGCUCUGAAAAUUUGACUUUCAGUGCAAAAAGGUUGUCGUAAUGCAGAAAUCUCGGGAAAGCGGUUUCUUGUUCUGCAAUAUGUGCUCAACGAUGCUGGUUUUGAAAUCAAGCAAGUAUGCGGAGUGUCCACUUUGCAAAACAACGCGAAAUGCUCAAGAUAUCAUUGGCAAGGAUAUAGCUUACGUAGUUUCUGAUGAGGAUAUCAGAAGAGAACUUGGAAUAUCUCUCUUUGGUGAAAAAACACAGGAAGAUACUGAGCUCCCAAAGAUCAAAAAGGCCUGCGAGAAAUGCCAGCACCCUGAGCUUGUUUACACGACCAGACAGACAAGAUCAGCAGACGAAGGACAAACAACAUAUUAUACUUGCCCCAAUUGUGGACAUAGAUUUACAGAAGGUUGAGAUUAUUACUACAUUCUCCAGCCAGUUUUGUGUUCUUACAUUUAUGUUACGAACUCAAUGCUCUAUGUCAUGAUCAAAACCAUUAUGUAUUAUUAUUGAUUCUUCCAUUUAUGUUACGAGUUAAUUAGCAAA